AUUGGCACUUCCGGGACGUUCCGCCUGAUAUUUCCAAUGAAAUUCGUCUGCGUGAUGCAAAUAUUCUCAUGAAACAACUUUUCACUUGUUAUAAAUUGUCAAUUAGGCUACUAUAAACAAUACUGUAGUAAUAUAAUAACAUUAUCUAAAAAUGUGGUUAUAAUAUGAAUUUGGCGGAUCGGUAUUUACUUCUAAUGAAACAUCAUUCGCUGUUUGAGGUUUAAUAAGAUUUUUGUGUUACAUCAAGAUGUUCAUUUUAACCAUCUGCUUCUGGACUGUGAGUGGUGUCAUGGAAACACAUUAUUAGAUGUCCAGCAGGUGGCAAGAUCUUACAUGAAACUGAUGCACUGACAGAGCACCAGAUGAAUUCACUUAUUUAAAAGUUGGUGACAUGGCUUCACUUGUGGAUUAUGAAGAUUCAGACAGUGAGUCAGAUGAAGACAGCAGGACUGCACCUCAUGAAGUUGUGCCUCAUCUGGACCUGUAUAAAGACCAGCAUACUGAAGACCAUCUCUUUAACAUGAACUCUUCAUCAUCACUGAACUCUUCAUCAUCACAGUCAUGUGUCUCAGCAACUCAAAGCUCAAGAUCUGAUUGGUUGGGUAUGAAGAGAGCUCAGCUGAACUCGGCUGCAGUGAGGCCGUAUGUUUCAAAAAGACAGCGUGUGUCCCCAGCAGCUCCGGUCCAAACAGAGGAACCACCCAAUGUCGGCUCACCCCUGCUGUUUGAGUCCUCAGAGACAAUCCGUCCGUUUCUGGGCAGAAAGCACGCAGGUCCAGAGCUGCCCAGACGGGUUCACUAUCGGGUUCAGGCCCAUCAGGGUCCAGUGAACACCCUGCAGUGGUGUCCAGUGGAUCAUCGCAGCCACCUGCUGCUCUCAGCAUCUAUGGACAAAACAUACAAGUUGUGGGAUGGCGUUGACAGCGGGAUGUGCUUACAAACUUAUUCCCAUCAGCGCGGUGCCAUCCGUGACGCCUGCUGGCUGCCGUGUGGCCGGCGAAUCCUCUCGGGGUCGUUCGACGGCACCGUCGCGCUCACAGAUGUAGAGACGGGUAAAACUGUUGUAAAAGUGGAGAAUGAGUUUAAGGUGGGCUGUGUCGCCCCUCGACCCUGUGACCCUGAUGUGUUUCUCUGUGGUGGCUUCAGUUCAGAGGUCAAAGCCUGGGAUGUUCGCUCCUGUAAGGUGCUGCGGGUUUAUAAGGCCGGUAUUCAGCAGACGUUGGACAUUUUGUUUCUGGGUGACGGUAAAGAGUUUGUGACGAGCACAGACGCAGUGAGUCGAGACUCGGCAGAGCUCACGCUGGUCGCUUGGGACUUCGACACCACCGCUAAACUGUCCAACCAGAUAUUCCACGAGCGCUACACCUGCCCAUGUCUGACGUCCCAUCCGCUGGAGAAAAGUUUUGUGGCUCAGACCAACGGAAGCUACAUCGCUCUGUUUUCAGCGCAACGGCCGUACAGAACCAAUAAGAGACGUCGAUAUGAAGGACACAAGGUGGAGGGUUUUGCAGUGCAUUGUGGGUUCUCUACAGAUGGAAGUGUACUCGUGUCGGGGAGUUCAACCGGUUCUGUGCACUUCUAUGACUUUCAAAGCUCACGGACCCUGAAGACGCUGCAGGCUCACGAUCACGCCUGCGUCUGCGCAGCUCUGCAUCCCGUGUUACCUGGCGCGAUGGCCACGUGUGAUUGGGAAGGAGAAAUUAAAAUAUGGAAAUAAUUCAGAUGUGGCCACUAAUUUCUCAGCAUUUAUUCGCAAUGUGGUCAUAAAAUCAUCAUGCAACACACAAAACAUUUCAACGUUUUUUUUUUUUUGGUGUUUGAUGUCGAUGAACAUAAAGUCGCAGAGAAUUGAGAGUAAUAUCAAACUGAGGCUAUAAUGUUUUUAUUUAGUAAAGAAAUGAAAGCUUUAAACAAACAGUAACUUCAGUAAGUUCAGAUCAACCAUUCAGUCCUGAUGUUAUUACAGGUCUACAUAAUGGCAAUCAUCUUUAAAAACAUCACAAAGCAACACGACA